UGUAACCUUGAGUGCCAGGAUAAAAAGGUCCAGGACUGCUGCGCGAGGCGGAGAUCAGGAAGGGCAGGGGCAGGUCUCUGUGCAAGAUUGAGAAUUUCUGAGUCCCAUUGAGAAAGCGAUGAAAAUCAUGUUCACGGUGUGGCUUGUUCUUCUGCUUGCUGCAAGUGAAAGUUUGCAACAGGGUCCACCAGAGAAACUCCACAAACUGUCAAUAGAGGGACAAAAGUAUCUCAAUAAACAGAUUGAAAAUGCUAUCAAUGGAGCAAAGACUAUGAAAUCUAUUGCGGAUAAAAGUGACCAACAACAUCAGGAGUAUCUACGACGUUUGGAACAAACCAGCAAACAAAAGGAGGAAGCUCUGAUAGCUGCUAAAGAUGCUCAGAAAAAGCUGACUAAUGCUGAGCAAUGUCAAUCAAAGGAAGGUCUAUGGGAAGACUGUAAGCCAUGCUUGAAGCAAACGUGCACUCAGUUUUACUCGAGAGUUUGCAGAAGGGGCUUUGCUAUGGUUGAGAAAGAUGUAGAAAGGUUCUUUAAUGACACACCACUGACUUCUGUAUGGGUCAAUGGGGACAAAUUUGACUCCCUGGUUGAAAAGAAUGCAGAGCAGGGUCAACAGUUCGAACACGUUGAAAGACAGUACGAAGACAUCGAUGAAAUGUUCAGAGAAAGCAUGAGGGCCUUUGAUGGAACAGACAGACUGAUUGACCGCCCCUUCGGCCAUUUUGGAAUUUUCCCAAGGCAUUUUUCGUUAUUCCCAGAUUCAUCUUUUUCCCCCUUUAGGCAUUCCAUGUUCGAUAGCCAUGGGAUGCUUUCCUCUUUCUUUGAGAUGACUCAGCGAAUGUUUGAGAGAUUCCACAAAAUUAUGCACGAUGCUGAAUUGAAUAAAGGAAUUUUUCACAAUAUAGAAUCAAAUAUGACAAAUUCAACAGAAGGAGGGGAUCAGUACAUCUGCCGUGAAAUACGUCGCAACUCUUCUGGGUGCAUGAAACUUUCAGAUAAGUGUGAAAAAUGCAAAGAACUUAUGUCCCUAGAGUGUUUUGAUGUGGAUCAUAAACCCUUGCGAAAGGCAUUUGAAGAGGCUCUCUCCAUGGCAGAGCAUUUUACAAAGAAAUAUGAUAAUCUAAUGAAAGAAUUUCAGCAGAGGAUGGAAAAUGGCACCAAGGAGUUAGAGAAACUGAACAAACAGUUUGGAUGGGUGUCUAAGCUGGCAAAUUAUACACGGAGCCCUGAUGGAUCUUUUCAUGUUAAGGCUAUAAUGUCAAGGUCCCCGAAUGAGAGUCCAUCCAAAGAUCCCAGCACCACAGUUACUGUCCAGAUCUUUGAUUCGCCUCCAUUGACUUUCAUGGUUCCAGGACAGCAGAACUGGGACGAUCCGGAGUUUGCCGAAAUGCUGGCUCAGCAAGCGUUAAAGCAUUACAAUGAGAACAAAAUAUUACAAGGUCUGCCAGACCAUAAACUAGAGACCAUAGAAGCAUGAAGGGAGCAAGAUCUCGCUUUAUCUGCUUUAAAGACUACUUUAUUGCUAUAGCAAAUAGGUUUACAGCACAAAGCUACUGAAAAUCUCUGCACUAAUGUGUUGCUGACAUACUGCACUUUGCUUAAAAUCCUUCAACAUGAACUACUAAAUAAAUGCUAUUGUAUGCAAAAGAAA